CAUGGGCGUGUAAGAGUGUAAGACCCGUGUUCCUGCGUGGCUGGAGUGCGCACACCGCCACCAGAGGCUGUAGGGCAGUGUGACGCAGGAGCCGAAACGUGGACGACGAGGGAGGCAGAGGAUCGCGUUCUGGCCGUGGCUUCGCAGAGGACGCAGGUGGUGAUCGCGCGCUGGAACUCCUGACGAAGGUGCGACGAUGACGCGAAUCCUCAGCUGCGUGAUCCUGUUGUGUUUCGUGGGCGUGUGUCUCGUCGAGGAGGUCCUGGAUCCUCUCUCGACGUUCUGCAGUCACGCCAAGGACCCUGAGCACUGCAGAGACCUUCGUCAGGUCGAGGAUGAGUCGGACAGAGAAGCGGGCGAUGGGGUGGGCGGAGACACGAGGAUAGACGCGGGCGGGGACGGAGAAGCAGACGUCGAGGGGGACGCGGAAGGAGACGAGGGAAGAGACGCGGGCGGAGACGUAUCCUUGGGCACCUUCGCAGCGUUCCCGAUGUACGCUGCGUAUUACCAUCUCAGUAAGUACUUCCAAGGCAGCAGCAGGGCCCUGGAGGGGAACCUGCACGACCUCACGCGCAUCCUGACUUGCCUGAAGGAGGAGGAGUUCACGCCCGACCUCCACCUGCACUGCUUCUUCCCCUUCUACUUCUCGAGGAAGGAGAGCAUGAGGAUGUCUCACAAGCUAUGGAAAUUCACAGGAGUGCUGUUCGAAGGGAACCUCGUCACUCCCUGGGCAGACCUCCCUGGACAGCUGGUAGAGGUCCUCAGCGGAACAGCCCUUCCCUCCGGGCCCACGCUUUCACCGACAGCUAAGCAGGACGGGGCGUCUACACGAGACAACGAUGACGAGGACGAAGGUAAUUCAGAUCAAAGAAAACCCCAUAACUCCCCUCCCGGACCCACACUUACAGUCACCCUGGACACUGGUAAUAACGACGAAAACAUCCAUGACAUCAAGGACGUGACUGAACUCACAAGAACCGAAGAAGAAGCAGAAGACCCGAAAGGAGACGUCACCAGCGCGUCCUCCAGCCACCGGCGAGUGAAGAGGCAGUUCAGCGGAGGUGACGUCAUAUCCGUACUAGCCAUCGCAGUCUUCGGCGCCUUCCUCUUUUAUGUCCUCUACUACCACAUCAGCAAGUACCUCCAGGGACGCUCCUUGGACUCCUACUGGGUGGAAGAUCACCUGCGACAGAUGACGAGGAUCCUGCUGUGUCUUGAAGAUGAGGAUUUCGUUCCUCGUCUCGAGUGUUUUGCGAGUUCGAGGAACUUUUGAGACGCAGAGGUAAUGGGAGAGUGGCUGAGCAAGAGCUAGAAACGAGAGAUGUGCGUUAUAUUCAUUACAUUAAUAUUUAUUAUAUCUAUUACAUGGCUAUCGGAAGAUAUGACUUGUUUACGGAUGACUAGUAAAGUGCCAGGAUGUUCCGAUUUCAGAGGGCAUAUUGAACUAUUAUUUACUCUGUACUUCACAUUCUUAUUUAUCUAUUUAUUGUAUUACGAAAAUCACAGUGUUCAUAACAGAUCAUCCGUGACCUAUGUAAUUAGUGCUCAGUCUCACCUUAUAUAAUCAACGUACGGUAUUCGAUCCAUAUGAAUGAACGACAGUUUUCUAAAUUAUUUUUUAUUUAGUUCAUCUGAUUAUGUGGUGCCCCAUAUAUAUCGUCUCAAUACCAGCCUCUCUUCUUUUUCUCUCAUUCUCUCUCUCCCUCUCCCUCGUCAUUCUUCUCCCUAUCGCCUCACUCUGUUCCUCUCUUUCUUUAUUUCCCAAGACAAUGGCAGUUAGUAUGGCCAGGUACUCGGCAACAGACAUGUGUUCAACGUAUACCUUUACCACAAUGCCAUACGCGCUCCUUCGCUUAGAUGGUUGGAAAACUGACGGAAAAUUCUAGUGAUCAUACGCGCAUAUUUACAGGCACUUAAACAUACACACGCAUACACAUUCACGCAUACGGGCACGUACGCACGCACAUAUACACAUUCACUCAUUCACACACACUCAAACAAAUUCCUACACACAUAACGAAUUCAUUCUUAAUUCAAUUCAUCAUCAUCACUGUUAUCAAAACUUCAGACCGGGAAAUACAGCAUCUCAAAUCUACACAGACAUAUAUACUAACCAAGAAUGAAAAAUCUACGAAAGAAAGGAGGUAAAUUAGACAAUAACAGUAUGAAAUAACACAGAGGCAAUAACAAUUCACAGUUAGCGGUGAAUCAGUGUGUAAAGUGUGGUAUAAUUUAGGCCUGCGGUUUAUUACAGUCUGUUACGGUGUCUUUUUAUACCUCCAAAGGCAUGGUUGUUACAUGGCGAGAGACAGUACAUCGUUUUACUAUAAUGACAUGUGUGUUGUUUUUUUGUUAUAAUGACUUGUUUGUUCUUUUGCUCUAAUGACUUGUCUGUUAUUCUUAAGAGAUGAAUAACAUUCUCAUUAAGGUGUCUUGGGUAAUAUUAUUACUAUUUAUACUUAUGCAGAAACCCAUGAUUAUUAAAAUACUGGUUUGCAUUGUCGGAAUUCAGUAUGUAAUUAAUGUUAUUGUUUAGAGUCGAUUAGUACACUGUGUUGGGAAUAUAAGCAUAUUUAGAUAAUUUGCUAUUGAUCUGGUGUGAAAGAAUGUGAUUUUAUAAUCGUUUACAAUACGAAAUUAAUGCUGAGGAAACAGACGUUGAGAUCGUCAUAUUAAAAAAAAA